UAGAACGUUUGUAUCAAAACAGCUGAUUGCAGAAACUGACGAAAACGAAAAUUCGUAUUAAUUGAAAAGCUAUUGAAAAGUAGGUUAAAAAAGGUCACAUAUCAGUCAGGUCAUUGUUAAGUUUCAGUAAAAGAUUGUGAUUAUUUCAGUGAAAUACAAUUGUCAAGUGUGAAUUUUUUAACAUAACAGAUGUUUAUUGUAAGAAAUGUCACAAAUUGAUAUUCAGGACUUAUUUGAUAAAAGCAGGUUUCCCAGUGGUUGGCGUCUUGCACUUAUAUUUUUAUAUACUCCAGUUGGUCUUUUACUUGUAUCACUACGGUUAUUAAUUGCUCUACAACUUUGGCUUAUUGCAAUACUAUUACCUGAUUAUAAUACUCUUCGGACAUUUUUACAUCAUGGAUUUAGUUUUGUUUUUGGUAUAAUGGUGAAGAUCAAUGAGGGUGAAGUUAGAGACAAACAGGCAAGAAUUGUAAUUAGUAAUAAUGUCUCCGUCUUGGAUCAUUUUGCUUUAUAUAAAGCUACACAAGCACUAAGUCCUACUAUGUGGGAACUACCUACCUCCAUGGGCAAUGCACUAGGUUUACAAGUAAUGGAUAUGAAUAGCAAAGAAGCACUAAUUGCCAAUAUGAAACAGUUUCUUUCUACAACAGAUAGCAAUAUUGCGAUACAACCUGAAUUUGGUAUAACCAAUAGUCGUGUAGCCUUGUUAAAAUUCAACUCUUGGCCAUUUACCAUAGAAGCAUCUGUUCAACCAGUUGCAAUUAAAGCAUGGAGGCCAGAAUUUAUAUCCAUUCAUCUUAGCUCAUUGGCAUCUAGACGAUGGAUAGAUAUUUUUUGGUUCAUGUUUGUUCCUUAUACAGUUUUCAUAUUUAAGUACCUGAAAAUCAAGCAAAAUCCAGAUUGUGAAGUAUUAGUACGGGAAGUAGAAAAAGACAUAGCAAGUAAUCUUGGACUUCAAACAAGUUCUCAUACCGUGUUAGAUAAAAAAGAAUUUGAAAAACGCUAUAUUAUGGAAAAGGCACGAAGUAGGAGGUUCAAUAGAAAUUCUCCAACUUCACAAGUUAUACAUAGCAUUGAAAUACAGAGAAUGGUCCGACAAGUCAGUGAAGUGCUUCCAUUAGUCCCGCAUAAUGUGAUUCUCAGAGAUCUUUUAAAAACACGCAAUGUUGAUAUUACAAUUGCCAAUAUAUUGGAUGGCAUAGUUACUUAUACUCCAGAUUCAUCUCAAACAGUUACACGAACAGCAUCGCUAAAUCAAUUACAAAAAAGUACAGUUAAAGACAACAGUAAUGUAGGAUCUUCUUCCUUCCAGGAAAGAAAAAUUAAAAUGCUAAGGGAAGCUAGAGAAAGGUAUAUUCAAAAACAUGGACUUAAAAACUGCUGACAUUCUCAUUACAGCUUUAUUCUGGUUAUUGUAUCUUUAUUGAUUACAAAUAUCUAACGUUUUACCGUAUGUGUAUUUACUAUUACAUACUGUGAAUAUAACUUUAUUUCAGAAAUA